AUGUCUGAAUCAAUCCAAGCACAGAAGCAAGAUGCCGAGCAUACAGAGAAACGGCAGACUCUUCUGCCAGACGAGUUGCCUCUACCUCAAGAGCUAGAGCACAUGGGAGCCGAUGAGCUAAGGCUGCUUGAAAGAGGUCUAACACGGCGUCUUGAUCUCACCUUGAUGCCAUCAGUGUUUAUUCUGUUCCUUCUGAAUAUUCUCGAUAGGAAUAACAUAGCAAGUGCGAAGAUCACAGGUCUCACAGAGACACUUAACAUAACAAAUGCCGAAUACAACACUUGCCUCCUGAUGUUCUAUGUUGGUUACUGCAUCACACAAGUUCCUUCAAAUCUCAUCAUCGGAAAAGUGAGACCUUCUUACUACAUCUGCCUAAUCACAUCGUUAUGGGGAGUUCUAUCCAUGUGCCAGGGCUUCACAACCAAUUUCGCUCAGCUCGCAGCAGUUCGUUUCAUCCUUGGCCUAGUGGAGGCUCCCUUCCUACCCGCCGUCUUUGUUUUGAUGUCAUGCUGGUACAAUAGAAAGGAAUUGCCUCCGAGAAUCGCGAUCCUAUAUGGAGGAAAUAUGCUCGCCACGGCAUUCUCAGGACUGAUCGCCGCGGGAAUUACCUCUGGUAUGGGAGGCAAGGCAGGCAGACCCUCAUGGGAAUGGCUCUUUAUCAUUGAAGGCGCCAUGACCGUAGUCAUUGCCCUUCUCCUCCUGCCGUUGCUCACAGACUAUCCGCUACAAAGCAAGCAUCUCUUCAUAUCACGAGAGCAUCAGCUCUACGCUGAGUGGAGAAUCCGCAAAGAGAAUGCAGGAAUUGUCGACGAAGACCCAGAGUCGAUCUUCUGGGGACUUAAGCAAGCCUUGAUCGAUCCCAAACUCUAUCUUUUCAUUGUGCAGCAAAUGGCGUUAAUCACGGCGCAAAGUUUCAAUAACUUCUUCCCCUCGAUUGUGGGAACUCUUGGCUACGGCCAAACAACAACGCUUCUUUUGACCUCCCCGCCAUACUUCUUCGCUUUCAUCGUUUCACUGUGUGUAUCUUUCCAUGCCUCACAUAAGGACGAACGUGGCUAUCACAUCGCUGUCCCGAUGGUCUUUGCUCUGCUUGGAAACCUCUUGGCUAUGUUCGUACCAUCUCUCGGUGGAAGAUACUUCUCCAUGUUUCUCAUGACCUCCGGCUCCUAUGCGCCCUACAACCUAUGCGUUAGCUGGCUCAGCUCUUCUCUUCCACGGCCUAGAGCUAAACGUGCUGCUGCUUUAGCCAUUGUCAAUUUUAUGGCUGCUGGGGUGGCGCACUUUUACACAAGUUACAUGUUCCCUGACAGCCAGAAGCCGCGGUACUACGCCGGUGGGGCGGUCAUGUCUGGAGCGUGUUUGGUGUGUGCCGGUGUAGCGUUGUCGAUCAAGUAUUACCUCAAGAAACAGAAUGAGAAUUUUGAGGAAGAGGAGCGCUUGGGUGUCACAAGCCAUACCCAUAUCAAGGGUUCUCCCACUUCGUCAUCUCUGUCUGCUCACUUAUUUGGGAACAUUAUGGGUAUCCAAGGACCUUUCACGGCGCUGGUGGCAGCGCUUCGUAUUAGCUCAGCUGUGGCAUUCAAUGUGAUUCCUCGCCAGAGCAACGGCACCGGCGAGACGAGCCCUUACUUUUCGGACGUAUCUGAUUACAUCGAUUCCAUUCUUGAUGAGUUAUGGCCAAUCAACAAGGAAAUCCACGACAAUCCCGAGUUGGGAUAUGAAGAGGUUAAGGCCCAUGAGCUCCUCACUUCCUUCAUGGAAUCCCAUGAAGGGUGGAAUGUCACCAGAUCCAUCUACAAUAUCAGCACCGCAUUCGUCGCAGUGUUUGAAGGAUCGGGUGAGGGACCUGUGGUUUCCUUCAACGCUGAAUACGAUGCCCUACCUGGACUAGGGCACGCGUGUGGGCACAACCUCAUUGCGACAGCCUCUGUCGGAGGAGCGCUCGCUACCGCUGAGAUCAUGCGUGCCGAAAGCCUUCCCGGUAAGGUGAUUUUGUUUGGCACUCCUGCUGAAGAAAGUCUUGGUGGCAAGGUCAAGCUCCUUGAAGCUGGCGCUUUCAGAGACCACAACAUCGAUAUCUCACUCAUUUCUCACCCCACGAACAGCGGCGAUUCCCCAUACAUGAUCACAACUUCAACCGACCGUUUCGAAGUAGAAUACUACGGAAAAGAGGCUCACGCCGCCGCUUCCCCUUGGGAGGGAAUCAACGCUCAAGACGCCCUGGUGUUGGCUAACAACGCUAUCGCUCUCCUCCGCCAGCAGACGCGGUCAACCAACAAGAUUCACGGCAUCAUCACUUCGGCCGGAACACGCAUCAAUGUCAUCCCCGCACUUGCGCAGGCUUCCUUCCAGAUUCGUUCCGCCGAGGACGAGGCCCUGGAGGAGUGGACCGAGCGGAUCAUUAAAUGCUGGGAAGCCGGUGCUUUGGCCACAGGUGCUGAGCUCAACGUCACCAAGCGCCCCUACGGCUACUCCAACAUGGUGUCCAACGACAUUCUCGCCAGUUCCUGGUCAAAGUAUUUCACCGAGCUUGGCGGUGAAGUUCCCAACGCCGAGGUUGAUAAGCUGCGCGAACCGAGUGGUAGCACCGAUCAAGGAAACGUCAGCAAGGACUUCCCCACGAUCAGCCCUUUCUUUGGAAUCACGAACGAGAAUGGCAGUGCUCCAGCUGGCGGCCCUCAUACUGCUGCCUUUGAGGUCGCUGCCGGCAGUCGGGCUGCAUUCGAUAAGGCCAUCGUGGUCGCGAAGAGCAUGGCUGGCGUUGCGAUUGAUAUCUUGACUGUUGAUGGCAUGCUUGAAUUAGUUCAGGAAGAGUUUGAGGCUACUCAGACGAAGCGCAGAAGACGCAGGUCAAGUCAUUAA